AUGGUAACUAGAAUUGUGGAUCUGCGGUCAGACACAGUUACGAAGCCGACUGAAGCAAUGCGAGCUGCUAUGGCAAGUGCUGAAGUUGAUGACGAUGUUCUAGGCAAUGACCCUACUGCUUUUCGCUUGGAAGCAGAGAUGGCAAAGACAAUGGGCAAGGAAGCUGGUCUUUUUGUUCCAUCUGGCACUAUGGGGAACCUUAUAUGUGUACUUGUCCAUUGUGAUGUCAGAGGAAGUGAAGUUAUUCUUGGAGACAAAUGCCAUAUCUAUAUUUAUGAGAAUGGGGGCAUUGCAACUAUUGGAGGGGUGCAUCCAAGAGCAGUGAAGAAUAACGAUGACGGAACCAUAGACAUUGAUUUGAUUGAAGCUGCUAUCAGGGACCCAAGGGGGGAGUUACUGUAUCCAACCACCAAGCUUAUUUGCUUGGAAAAUACUCAUGCAAACUCUGGUGGCCGAUGCCUCUCAGUUGAAUAUACGAACAGAGUUGGCGAGUUAGCUAAGAAGCACGGACUGAAGCUUCACAUUGAUGGAGCCCGUAUUUUUAACGCAUCAGUUGCACUUGGUGUUCCGGUGGAUAGGCUUGUCCAAGCAGCUGAUUCAGUUUCCGUUUGCCUAUCUAAAGGUAUAGGUGCUCCAGUUGGAUCUGUUAUUGUUGGUUCCAAGAAUUUUAUUGCCAAGGCUAGACGACUCCGGAAAACCUUAGGAGGUGGAAUGAGACAGAUUGGCAUCCUAUGUGCUGCUGCACUUGUUGCCUUUCAGGAAAAUAUUGGAAAGCUGGAAAGUGAUCACAAGAAAGCUAGACUUUUCGCUGAUGGAUUGAGGGAACUAAAAGAACUGAGAGUGGAUACCCUUGCUGUGGAGACCAAUAUAGUAUUUAUUGACAUUGAAGAGGGUGUGCGGACUAGGGCUGAAAAAAUAUGCAAGUACUUGGAAGAACGUGGUAUCCUUCUGAUGCAAGAGAGCUCAUCAAGAUUAAGAGUUGUUCUCCACCAUCAAAUAUCGGCAAGUGAUGUGCAAUACGCCUUGUCAUGCUUUCAGCAAGCUGUUAAGGGAAUACAAAAUGAAAUAGGCAACUAG